AUGUAUCAUGCUUUAUUGAUUGGAGUAUAUAUGACAGUAAUAAUAACUCCACAGUCAGUUAGUUAUGACUUGGAGUAUUCAAAUGACAAUAAUUAUAAUAAUACACAGAUAUCCAAUGCUCAUACUUCAUCGCAUACAUUGAUUGAAGCUGAAGGAAGAAAUAUCUUAAAUGCAAAAGAUUUAAAUGGAAUUAUCGUUACGUCAACUAGUUGUGGAAAUCAUUGUUUCAAAUCUUGUAAGCUUCAGUGAUUCUUUUCUUCAGAUUCGUUAUGUGCACAUGCAUUUUCUCUCUAUUUUUAAUUUGAUCAUUUGCAGUGAAAUAUAAGAUGUGCGUAACUCAAGGUUCAGAGAUAAAAUAUGGUCGAGGUUAAAUUCCCGAUCAACACACUCCUAAUCCUUGCUAAGUCAGCAGUGAACCCAAUGAAAAGGGGGAAGGUCGGGAUAGGUGGGGCUAGCUACUCCACA